AUGGCAAGCAAAAAAGACAUUGAAAGUAUGUUGGAAGAAAAAUUUAAAGUACAAGAAAAUUCAAUUCUAAAGAUUAUUUCUGGAAAUUCAACAAUUCAAAAUGAAAAAAUGGAUAAAAUCUUAAAAUCAAUCGAGUCAAUAACUAAACGGUUGUUAUUAGUAGAAAAAAAACAAAAAACUUUACAACAAACUGUUGAAGACCUUCAGAAAAGUAUUGAGUUCACUCAGGAUACUUUGAUCGAUGAAAAAAUUAUAUCUCUUAAUAAAGAUUUAAACAAAGUUAUUAAUAGCGAAAUAGCAAACGUUUCAAAUAAAACCGUUUACGGACAAGAAAAUCUAGACGAAGCAAAAAUCUUAUGCCACGAGCUAAAAGAAAAGAUGAGAAAAUUUGAAGACAGAAAUAGAAGAAAUAAUAUAAGAAUUUACGGAUUACGAGAAAAUGAACGAGAAACUUGGCAAAAUACUGAAACUGUUAUACUUAAACUGUUAAAUUAUAAAGAUAAAGAACUAAUCUUGAAAAAUGCAAAGAAACUAAAAGGAAAAGGGAUCUUUAUAAACGAGGACUUUUCGGAAGAAACAAAUAAAAUACGACGUAAUCUUAUUGAGAAAAUGAAGAUUGCAAGAAAUUCCGGAAAAUAUGCAGUUUUAGCAUAUGAUAAACUGAUUGUGAAGGAGUUAAAUCGGAACACUAAAUAA